CCGAUGCUGAGAUGUGUAUUUAACCCACUCAGCCUUGUUCAGACCAGUGAAGACUGCCUCCCGAGUCAGAGGUUCAAGAUGAUUUCUUCAUCGUGCUUGGUGGGGGCACUCUUCUGUCUUGUGUUUCUCCCAGGCCUGCUGGAGGCCAAAUCUUUGUUGAAUGUCAUAAAGCAGGAACAGAUGGUCCCUGUAGGCGAUGUUAGCAUUGAUGCAGAGAAAGCAAAUGAUUUUCUGACUCACUCCAGACCAAAGCGUAAUGCGGACCCUCGGUGGUACAGAGGAAACCCAGACUUCCAGGCUUACUACAAAUACUACAGCAGCAUCGGACACACUGAGGGGCUCUAUGAGAUCGACAAGCUGCGAAUGCUCUACCAGCAGAUGAGGUACCUGGAGCACACCUACGGCCCUGAUGCUUCCUAUUUCCAGAGCAAACUGGGAGUGCCUAUGAUCAUGUGUGACCCAGCCACAGACAAGAAGUGCAAAGUUGUUGCUCCUCCUCCUCCUCCACCGCCAAUGAAAGGGGUCCCAAGACCCACAGAGCCUCCUGCUCUUCCUAUUGCUCCAGCCAUUUCACAGGCCGAUGUGCUCUACCUGUGUAACCAAAAGGACCCCCUCUGCAAGCCUCACAUUGUCUACAUGCCCACAGGUGCAGUACCUGUGCUCUGUGACCCUCGGUACCACCCCCACUGCACUCCCCAGAAGGUUGCACCAGCUCCCGUGGCAGUGCCUCAACCACCUCCUCCUAAGAAAUCUGGCCCACCUCCACCUCCCCCAGUCUUUGUCAAGAAGUCUCCCCCAGCUCACAUCCGCACCUUUAAGGGCAUGGAGUACGAUUGUGACCCCUACUGGGAUCCCGACUGCCUGAUUGACAACCCACCCAGGCCCAUCAAAGGAAAGGUUGUGGUCCCGCCACCCCCUCCGGUCGAGGAGGAAGAAGAGGAGGAACAUGUGGAGGAGCCAGCACCUCCUGCACCCAUUAAGAAAGUAACCUACUACCCUCACCCUUACUACUACCAGCACCCUCUACCCUACAACCCCAGGGAUGAUCUGUACGAUCCAGCCCGCUUCCAGUACCCACGGCCUGCUGAUGCUGCUGAUGAGCCUGCAGAGGAGAGCCAGUAAAACAUCCAGAGGGAGCAAAACAGACUAUGAAAACAUCCAAGUUGCACACUUUCACAUCUUUUAUAUGUAAUGUCAAUAAAACCAAUGUCUUAGCGCAUUUUUAGAUGCAGUGUAAUUACAUCGAUGACUCAAUGUGUAACUGCCAGUAUGUGAAAAACCAAUUUUCUUUUUGACAAGAAUAAAUUGUAACAAAUCAGUUUUUCACCA